AUGGCUCGUGGCAAGCCCGGCAUGUCGCGUGCUCAGUCUGUGCCCUCGGAGCCAGUCGAGAGCGAGGAGGACCAGGGCACCCAGGACGCAAGGGCGAGGGGCAGCAGGCACCGCGGGGACACCAAGUGCGCGGGGGAAGGCGAGGAGCUCAAGAGUACGAAGCACAGCAGAGGCUCCAAGGGCACGACGGACGGACGGGCGUCGUCGUCGGCGGCGGUGGCGGUGGUGGUGGUGGAGGAGGAGGAGGAGGAGGAGAUGAAGGAGGUGGAGAGAGUGAGGCAGGCCGCGAUGACGCUGCAGGAAGGAGGGAGGUCGAGCAGGAGUCGAAGAGGGGAGGCAGAGCGCACGGCAGUGGAGGAGGAGCCGUGGAGGAGAGGGGACAAGACGGAGCGGCUGCCGCGUAUGUCGUCGAGCCUGCUGGCGUCCGUGGACAAGGGAGAGUGGCUGUGGUAG